CAGCACGAGACAGUCAGAGUUCCACAGAGAGAAGACACACACAAAUAAACGACUUGAGCAAAAAAUAGCAACAAAAGAAAUAAAACACACAAACAGAAUCUCAAAAAUUUACGAAUCCAAAGCUGCAAACUUUGGAUUUCCCCUUCCUCAAAGCAAACCACCACCACCACGGCACCACUACUCUUUUCUCUCUCCUCAAAUGCCGUAAACUUCUUCCACACAAAAUGGCGCAACCACCGCCAAACCCUAAACCUCGCCGCCUUACUCCAUGUCAUCGCCACCCUGACCUCCCUACUACCACUGGUCUCUGUGCUCCCUGUCUCCGCGACCGACUCUCACUCCUCAACCCUUCUUCUACUACUAGUACUACUACUACUACAUGUGGUGAAGCCUCCACUAGUUCCGGAGUCUUGCCGGAGCUUCGGCGGUGCAAGACUUUCUCGGCGAAGAACUGUGAUGUUUCUGUCGGGAUGGAACCCCGCCGGAGAUCUUGCGAUGUUCGUGGUCGUAACUCUCUCUCCUCUCUGUUUGACAUCGACGAUAACGACGGGGACGACGUCGUUUCGGUCCAAUCGAGGAAUUUAGGGUUUUUGAGUAAAGGUACGUGUCCUGUUCCCGAGGAGGAGGAGGAGGAGGAGGAGGAAGAGGAAGAGGAAGAAGAAGAGAUUGUUGAAGCUAGGGUUUCUAAUAUUGGAAAUGUGGAUGAGUUUGAGGAAUCGAAGACUAUGAAAGAGUUUAUAGAUCUUGAAUUACAAGCUAAUAGUAAAGGUAGUGGUAGUAAUAAGAAGGAUUUGAAGGAGAUUGCUGGAAGUUUCUGGAUUGCUGCUUCUGUAUUCAGUAAGAAGUUUCAGAAAUGGGGGAAGAAGCAGAAGAGAGAGAGUGAGUGUAAUGGAAGCAAUGUUGGUUUGGGAGAGAUGAAGCUUGAAAAUUUGAGGGGGAGGAGGUUGAGGGAUACUCAAUCAGAAGUUGGUGAGUAUGGUUGUGGAAGGAGGUCGUGUGAUACGGAUCCUCGAGGUUCCAUUGAUUUCGGUAGAGCAUCCAUCGAUUGUGGUGGACUUGGGAGGAGGUCUUGUGAUACUGAUCCUAGGUUUUCGAUUGAUUUGGGGAGAGCAUCAGUGGAUUGUGGUAGAAUAUCGGUUGAUGAGGUGGGAAGGAGUGAGUGUGAUGCUCCGAGGGCCUCUUGGGAUGGGUAUUUGCUUGGCGGGAGACAGACAUUACCCCGUGGGAAUGGGAAUGCCCCUAUGGUUUCAGUUAUUGAGAAUGCUAUGGCUACAGUUUAUGGGUUUGAUAACCGAGUAUUGGGUGAAGGAAAAAUGAAGGUGGAAAAUGGGAGUGAUAGAGAGCGGUGGAGGAAUGGUUUUGAUCGCUCUAGUUCAGUGAAGAAGAGGGAUAUGGGAGUGAUUGAGGAUAGUGAAGCAAAAGGAUUAUCAAAUGCCAGAGUAUCGCCUGCUGCUAUUGGGAUCUUCAAUGGAACCAAGUUGCUUAUAACUGAGAAAGAGUUGAAUGAGUGGAGGUUGAAUUCAAAUUCAAUUGGGGGGGAUGACAGUUCGGAGAGCUUUGAGACGGCUUCUAAAGACCUUGCAUCUGUGUCUAGCAGCAGUAAUGGGAAGAGUUUCAAGAAGUGUCGCCAAUGGAGCAAGUUGUGGAGUAUUUUGGGAUUGCUACAUAGAAAAAAGGGGGAUAAAUUUGGGAAUGAGAGCCCAGAUGCUGAUUCUGCAGAUAACAGUGGAAGGAAACUUGGACGAAGCUUUAGCACUUCAAGCUCUAGGGGGUCUUCGACGAUAGUUGGUUUUGGUUCAGGUUCAGGUUCAGGUUCAGGUUCAGUCGGUGGAAUAGCAAGUAAGAAUGAAUCCAAGGCCAUUGUUAGGAGUAGGCAGGAAGGUGUUGUUUUACACAAGAAUCGAAGCGCUAGGUACUCUAACUCACCCAACCACCUUGAUAAUAAUGGGUUGUUGCGAUUUUAUUUGACACCACUGAGGAGCCGUAGGAGAAAUAGGUUAGGAAAAAGUAGGUUGAAGAACUCAAAAUCUCUGGCUAGAACUGUAUUAAGGUUGUAAUUCUUGAUGUCAAUAUGCGUUUUCACUUUUCAGUUUCAGGGCAUUUUCUACUGUAAAGACACUUGUAACCUCGUUUAAUGUUGCUCCUAUGAUAAAAGUUAGUACUGUAGCAUUUUUAAAUUACACAAUCGAGAUGUCAAUUAUGGUAACAAUUGGUCUUAUGUCAAUAUGUGCUUCCCUUCCCUUUUGGGUCA